AUGUACCUUAGAAGAAUUCUUCAGUCUGUUCCCUGCAAGCCCUCCACGCUACCCGCAAAGCUACUCCCGGCAGCCGAUCUAAUCGAGGAAGAACACACGCCCCACUACAAGCCCCAGCACUUCUACCCCGUCCGUCUGUAUGAGGUUCUCAACAAUCGAUACCAGAUCGCUGCCAAGAUCGGCUGGGGCACAAGUUCGACCGUAUGGUUGGCGCGGGAUCUGCACCAAUGGCGAUGGCUCCCGCCCAAAUAUGUAGCCAUCAAAGUCAACGCAAAUAACUACGAUUCUCGAGAAUCUGCAGAGAAAGAGCUGCGCAUUACGGAACACAUCACCAACGCAAAUUCUCGCCAUCUAGGACGCAAUUUUGUCGCGACCCUGCUAGACUCGUUUCGUCUUGCUAGCCCUGGGGGCAGUCGCACGCAUAUCUGCAUGGUCUUCGACGUGCUAUGCGAGCCACUCUGGAUGUUGAAGAGGCGGUUCGAAGGAAACACCAUCCCCCUCGACGUCUUGAAGGAGGUGUCGAAGCUCAUACUCGAGGGACUCCGGUACCUCCACAGUGAGUGUCACGUUAUCCACACAGAUCUCAAAUCUGAUAACAUCCUACUAGCCCUCAGCAACCCAUCCAUCUUGCACUCGGUCGCGCAAGACGAAAUGAACAACCCCUCUCCACGGAAACAACUAGACGAUCGGGAAAUAUACCUAUCCCGAAACUACUGGGGCCUCUCGUCCAAUGACCUAGGUAGAUCGGUAAUCACUGACUUUGGGCUUGCCGUACGCGGAGACGGGCCACCGAACAGUCACCUCAUCCAGCCGGAUGGUUAUCGGGCCCCGGAAGUUUGCCUCGGGUGCGAGUGGAGCUAUAGUGUUGACAUUUGGAACUUGGGUGUCAUGCUGUGGGAUCUAUUUUACGGCCGAGGACCAUUUGACAUACCACCUGGCUCGGACUUUCACUCGUACCCCUCCGGGUCAACAGAUGAAGCCCAUCUAGCUCAAAUCAUCUCACUCUUGGGCCCACCUCCACGCGAUCUUCUCAGCCGCGGGACGGAAACAUCUCGGUAUUUUGACGCUCAAGGGCAAUUCAGAUUCCCAGAGCUCAUAGGGAAAAGAGAUCUGGCUCUCAUGGCUCAGGAUAUUGACGAGGACCCUGAGGGAAGAGCUCAAUUUGUAGAUUUUAUUUCUGGAAUGCUGCGCUGGAGGGCUGAGGAUCGUCCUACGGCGGAGGACUUGCUUUGCCAUCCGUGGCUCCCGCAGACGAAUAUUACGAGGGAAUGA